AAAACUGUUUCGGAAAUCCAUCGUACCUACCCCAUGUAUAAAUACUUAAACUCGCCAGCAGAAGGCAAUAUUCAGGAAAGAAGGUUUCCAAUAGUACAAGGCUAAGAUAUUGAGUAUGAGUGACCCAAGGGGAGUAUACGUUGUUUCGAGUAACUCAGGAAUGGAUCGGUCAAGACGUAAGCCUAUGGGUAACACUGUGGAUGGAACCAGGAACUGGAGUACUGUACCGUGCGCCUGCUGCGCUGACUGCUCUUCGUGUUGCAGGGGCUGCUGCUGUAUUCCCUGUAUGCUGUGUGAUAUCGCGGAGAGGCUCGGGGAGUGGAUGUGUUUCCCAUUCUGUGUACCGUGCGGUGGCAACGUCCUCAGGACUCGACUCAGAACACUGGGAGGAAUUAGGGGAACAGCUUGCGAUGACUGCAUGACGAUGUGCUGCUGCUGCGCAUGCGCGGUAUGGCAGAUGGAUAAAGAAUUGGACGAAAUGGGAAUCCCUUAAGUUUAUAACAAUAUGUAUAUGAAUACGUGUAUGGAAAGGCAGAUUUAAAGAUAUUGUUCAUAGUUUUUUAACAAAUGAAGCUAAUGCAAUGUGUUAUGAUUUUUUGGUGUGCUAAAUUCGUUCUUUGGGAGAAAUAAAAGACUGUCCAAAUUAGUAAGUUAAUGAUAUGUCAUUCUGAGCUAGCAAUGAAUAAGGAUGUGUGACUCAUUAAGUUACCCUUCGUUAAAGAUACCCGUUAACAUUGCUUAAGAAUUAAAAUGUCCGUUGAUGAUUUUAUCAGUUGCUUAAAGACUUAAGAUUUCCAAUGAUAUAUACGUACAUAGUAGUUGUAAAAAUAAUUAAAGAAACUUCAUUGUAACCAAUGUAGUGUACUUUGUUGUUAGGUUGGGUCUGAUCGGUACUGUAUACUUUGCAUAUAUCCAUCAACUUUUAUUUUAAUUAAACCUUUGCGUUAAAAAUG